CAUGUCAUUUUCAGACGCUCCCUUAAUUCUUUUAUUGUGCUAAGAAUUUCCUGAUAGUCCCUAGAGCGUGCCAUAGAAUGUUUUGAAUCAAACCAGAUGCGGAAAACCAACUACGCUCAAUCAGACACGAUAGACCAACGAAUGACUAAGAAGAAGUAGAAGUAGAAAAACAGAAAAGAAAGAAGAAAGUAGAACAAAUAGAAAGAAAAUAGAUUCCCCCCAUUUGAUCCUCAUCUUCAACGCCUUCCUUUUUUAUCGACUUCCUUCCCUUCGGUGAGUCUCUAGCUCUAAUGAUAUUCCCAUAUGUUUUUCUUAAUAUAACCAAUUAUUACAAAUAGAUUAAAACUCCCUGUUUUAAUAUAGAUUUAUGUCCUGCAAUCAAGUCCCGAGAUCGUCGUGAGCUUGAUUUUCCUACCCGAUAUCCUGACUGGUUUUUUCGUACCCCUGGAAACGUCCCCCGAAUCACCUUCAUCUUUACCUGGAACCCCUGGAGCCCUGAUCUGCACUCCCCACCUUAUCAUCAUUUUCCCCUUGCACACCCCCCUGUCUUCCUCUGAUUGAACUGUCCCCCAUCAACGUCCACUGUCCCUGCUACUGUGGUAGGACUGAAUCCGACGUCAUCAUUCCUUUUAAUUUAAAUUUUUUUUUUUUUUUUUUGAGUGCACUCGUUUUAUUUGGGUUUAUUUUUUUUAUUCAGUUGAUUAUUUUGAGAUCUCAUAGGGUUUUUUUUUCCUAUGAAUAUUUCUAUGAAUAUCUAAGAAUAUUUUGUUAUCAUUCCUUGUUGAGCCCUUGUAAUUACUACGUGGAUAAAUAGUGCCGGCACUUAGAAGGUAUAUUUUAUUUGAUAUUUUUUUGUAUGAUACUCCUGGGUUACACCCCCAUGGUACAUUGUAGUGGAUUUACAUUGAUAUUUUUUGUAUGACAUUCCUGGGUUACACCCCCGUGGUAUAUUGAUAUUGGUAUUUUAUUGGUGGUACUCUCUGGUUACAUACACAUACACACACAUCAAACACUUGAUCACAAUCAUUAGUUUAGUAUUCCAUGAUAAGAUAGUUUAAGUAGGCUUAGAUAUCAAAUAGGACUAAAAUAUAUUAAAUAUAUUGAGUAUCUUAUCUAUUUUUAAUAUAUAUAUAUAACAUAUAUUUAAUAGGAUUUCAGUGAUUUGCACAAAACUUAGCGUAUUAUUCUUCUGACUGACACUUUUACUAUCCACGUUUCACACUGAUAGAUCUUACUUGCACCUUAUUGCACUAAAUAUUAUUUAUUGUAUAAAUUUAAUGACUUUCCCUUGAAUGAACUAAUUUAUUGUGUGAAUAAAUAUUUAUUGUAUUAUUAUUCUGACAUCAGUGAGUGCUGUGUGUUGCUUGGGGUGAGUAAUUGACUGUGGUCUAGCCAUAACCUAAACCAGUCUCCUUAGAACCUAGAGUUGGAGUUAGACUGUUCCCGCACAAGCACAGGUUGUUCCCUCGUCGUGCGGGUUACAGAAAGUUGGCGAGCCAGCCAGGAGAUUGGUUAACUAGUGUUUAAGACCACAUACCACACCCCUUGACCACGCCUCAUUAGGUUCUAUUUACCUACUUGAAAUAAGAGCUCACCAUAGUCUAAUAUGGAUCUUUGCAACCGUUAUGGAGUACAUGGGCAAUGCUGCUUGGUAGUAGUAGGUGUAGAUGAAAUAAGCACUGAGGAAAUGAUAAUUAGCUUCUUCGAACAAAAUGGCAAGAUUUCAAAGUGCAUUAGAAUUCCUGAUGAGCCUGGUCAACCCAAUGGUAGGGCACUGAUAGUUUAUGCUUCAGAAACCUCAAUAACUAAGAUCAACCCAGAUACCCUUGGUCAUAUACCCAGUCCCAAUGAUCCAGCCAUUUUAUGGCAUGUGAGAACAAUUAGAGACAUAUGCCAAGAAGAUUUAGGCAAAGAGCUAGCCCACCAGUACCUUGAAGAAUUGAGUGCCAUAGGUGGUAGUGCCACCUCGGGAUAUGCCAGCAUCCUGGAAAGAGAGCUGAGGCGUAUUCAGUCACAAGCUUCAGAGAAGACGCUCAGUGGUCCCUCCCCAAGAUGUAGCCCAAUGCCACACACUGAGAACGGCAUGAAUGUUGAAGCUGCUCAUAGUAUGGGCUCCCAAUGCAAUAGUCGGCCUCCUUCAGUCCUCCCUUCAAGUAAUCACUCAACUGUACAUAGUCCACUGAGCCUUGGCAGUGAUGUUUUAAACCCUCCCAGUGUCCAGAGAGUCAUUGUAGAGCAUGUCAUCAGGAAUGAUUCAGCACCCUUAUACACAGGUCAGAGCAAAGUCCGAACCUUCUCAGGAAGACUUCCAAAGCCCAAUGGCGAAGUGGAUUAUGAUGCUUGGAAGAGUCAAGUCGAGCUGCUUCUGAGUGAUGCCCAUGUCACUGACUCACAGAAAGUGAGAAAGAUUUUGGAGAGCUUGGUUGGCCCAGCUGCGGAUAUGGUCAAGCCACUUGGGAUCACUUCAGUCCCCCACGCAUAUGUGAAUCAGCUUGAAUCGGCUUUCGGUGUGGUGGAAGAUGGAGAAGAGUUGUUUGCCAAGUUCUUGAAUGCAAGCCAAAAUGCUGGAGAGAAGCCAUCAGACUACCUGUUCAGACUUCAGACUCUUCUCACAAAGGUCGUUCUAGAGGGGGAAUCCUUCUUGAAGAGUCAGACAGACAGUUACUCAGGCAGUUUUGCAGAGGGUGCUGGGACCACUCCUUACUCAUUGGACUCCAGCUAG